AGAUUGAUGAACCCACCGGAAACGGUCCCGCCGUGUUAUUGUUCCCCAUGGUUUUCGCAGCAGUUUUUAUUUUAUUUUAUUUUAUUUUCUAACCGUCCUGACUGAUUAUUGCACAGUUAUAUCAGACUCGGUCAAAGCCUGAGGGCGUUAGACUAACGUUAGUUGAACGUUAGUUGAACGUCAGAGCCGAACACGUGGAUGUUGUACCUGUGCAGGUAAACAUGGACUCAGACCGGAGCCGGAGCUGGGACUGGGACAGCCCGCAGUGUCGAGCCCAGCUGGACGAGGUGUUUUUCCGCCGGCAUGACUACAUCCAGGCGGGCAGCCCGGAGCACCGAGAGUUCUGGUCCUUCUUUGACCGCUUCCAGAGGUUCAAGACCAGGAGGGACAUGUGCGGGACAGGAGGCCGGACCGAGACCAGAGACGAUCAGAGGAAAGCUGUGAAGGUAGAUCUGGACCUGCCUAAAGAGUACGAUGCUCGCUACAGGAUCAAUGUGUCCGUGUGCAGCAGGGACGUGGAGGAGCGGCACCGGAGCCGGCAGGGAGGCUCCGGCCCGGGCAGGCAGGAGGUCUCAGCCUGCCGCCUGGCUCUGCUGCAUUUCCUGGACUUCACCCAGAGGCAGAGCUUUGGAAAGCUGGCCAAGCUUCGCCGAGAGCAGAAGAACCUGCCCAUCUUCCAGUACCGGGACCGGAUAGUGGAGCUGGUGCGACUUCACCCUGUGGUCGUGGUGGCAGGAGACACGGGCUGUGGGAAAUCCACGCAGGUGCCUCAGUAUCUGCUUCAGGCUGGAUUCAACAACAUCUCCUGCACCCAGCCUCGACGCAUCGCCUGCAUAUCCCUCGCCAAGAGGGUCAGCUUUGAGAGUCUCAACCAGUUCGGCUCAAAGGUGGGGCACCAGAUCCGCUUCGAAACCACCCGGACCACAGCCACCAAACUCUUGUUCCUGACCGAGGGGCUGCUGCUCCGACAGAUCCAGCAGGACAGGACGCUGGCUCAGUACCAGGUGGUGAUCGUGGACGAGGUCCACGAGAGACACCUCCACUGCGACUUCCUCCUCGGUGUCCUGCGCUGUCUGGUCGCAGACCGCCCGGACCUUCGUCUCAUCCUGAUGUCGGCCACCAUCAACAUCAAACUCUUCUCUGACUAUUUCAGCAGCGCUCCCGUGCUGCAGGUGCCGGGCAGGCUGUUCCCUAUACAGGUGAUUUACCAGCCUAUCCCACCUGAGGAGCAGCCCUCACGUUCAGAGAAACUGGACCCCAGACCGUACCUGCGCAUCCUGCAGGGCAUCGAUCAGCGUUACCCUCCCGAGGAGCGCGGCGACCUGCUGCUCUUCCUCAGCGGAGUCGCGGAGAUCUCCACCAUCCAGGAAGCCUGUCAGAUUUAUGCCACACACACGAGUCGCUGGAUAGUCUUACCGCUGCACAGCACCCUCUCACUGGCCCAGCAGGAUAAGGUGUUCGACAUCGCUCCUCCUGGGGUGAGAAAGUGCAUCAUCUCCACCAAUAUCGCUGAGACCUCGGUGACAAUAGAUGGCGUGCGCUUUGUUGUAGACUCAGGAAAGGUGAAGGAAAUGAGUUUCGAUCCAAAGGCCAAGAUGCAGCGUCUGCAGGAGUUCUGGAUCAGCCGAGCCAGCUCCGAGCAGAGGAAAGGCCGAGCAGGUCGCACAGGUCCGGGAGUGUGUUACCGCCUGUACGCUGAGUCUGACUACGACGCCUUCGCGCCUUAUCCUGUGCCUGAAAUCCACAGAGUGGCUCUGGACUCUCUCAUUCUUCAGAUGAAGAGCAUGUGUCUCGGAGAUCCGCUUUCUUUUGUCUUCAUUGAUCCACCUCCAGCUGCGAGUAUUCAGACCGCGGUUACUUACCUGAAAGAGCAGGGGGCACUGGACAGUCGUGGUGAACUGACCUCUAUUGGUAGUCUGCUGGCACAGCUGCCUGUGGAUGUGGUCAUAGGGAAGAUGCUGGUGCUUGGCUCUUUGUUUAACCUGGUGGAGCCUGUGUUGACGGUGGCAGCAGCCCUCAGCGUUCAGUCGCCUUUCCUGCGCAGCUCACAGCACAACCCCGACUGUGCGACGGCCCGCCAGCCUCUGCACAGCAACCAGGGAGACCCCUUCACCCUGCUCAACACCUUCAACGCCUGGGUGGAGAUGAAGGGAGAGAGAGGGAGCGGCUCAAGGAAGUGGUGCAGGAGGAGAGGCCUGGAGGAGCAGCGGCUCUAUGAGAUGGUCAACCUGCGGAGACAGUUCAAGGAGUUGCUGAGGAGCCACGGCCUUCUGGAGUCAGAGCACAGCGCCUCCUCUAGUGGUGACCGCGGAAAGCGCAGGGAGAGGCUAACAGAGAGGAGGAAGCUGCAUCAGCUUAAGAGAGACCACGAGCAGCAGGAGAGCACCAAGCGUAAAGUCCUGAGGCUGGAAGAAGGCCAGGAGGGAGAGUUCUCCUCUGGAUCAGACGCAGAGGGAGCGAGCAAAGGCAAGAAGGACAAGGAGGGAUCGGGACAGAACAUGGACAUACAGGAGGUGAAGUUCAAGUUGCGUCACAAUGUGUCAGAGCUGCAGGAGGCGGUCAGCGUCAGUCAGGACUUGUCCUCCCGCCAGCAGGCUUUGCUCAAGCUGGUGAUCUGCAGAGGCCUCUACCCUCAGCUGGCACUGCCCGACGAACACAACUCCACUCGCAAAGACUCUGAGCAGGUGUUUCACACAAAGAAUAAGCAGGGAGUGGUGAUCCAUCCAACCAGCGUGUUUGCCAGUGACCCCGAGGUGUUACAGGUGCCUGAAAGUGACGUCAGAGAAACGGGCCCUGAUAGGCGGGACAGCAGCAGACACCAGCUGCUAGCCUUCGUCACUCUGUUGGAGACCAACAAGCCAUAUUUGUCCAACUGCGUGAGAGUUCCUGCACUGCAGGCUCUGCUGCUGGUGGCGAACACCGUGGACAGUAAUGCUGACUGUACGCGUCUGGUGGUGGACGGCUGGCUGGAGUUGGAGCUGAGGGAGCCAGAGGAGGCCCUGAAGGUGCUAUCCACAGUUCUUACUCUUAGGGCUGAGUGGGAGCGCCUCCUGUUGACCCAGCUGGGACAUAGCACAAUGGGAGGACCUGAAGGCCAAGGGGUGCCCCGCAAAGUCAUGGAGAAGCUGAGUGAAAGCCUGGUCCGCUGCCUGCUCUACACUGAGGUCAGUUACAGCCUGCGGCGACUCGCGGCUUUUCAGAUCCAGAACCUGUACAUCGGCCCUCAGCCCGAGUCCGAGCUGUAUCAGACCAAACCUCCAGAUCUAAACCCGCUGUUUCCAGGAGCCGAGGCCAAGCCGGACCCCAUUAAAGGAGGCUUGCGCGUCUCCAGUUUCUUCACCUACAACUGUCUGGCUGACUCGAGGGAUCUCUACAGUGAGUGUUUACGUACUUUCUGGAGCUGUCCUAACUGUGACCUCUACAUGCCUCUGACUCCACUGGAGCGCAUGCAGCACGAGGCCUCCUGCAGGCCAGCCGAAGAACAGCAGCAGCAGGAGGAAGAGUCGAAAGGUGUAAAGGCCGGCUCGUCCUCGUCGUCCAGUCUUAGCAGAGUUUAUCACUGUGACGUCUGUAACGAAGACCUGACCCUCACCUCCACCGAGAUCCUCAAACAUAAAAGGCAGCACAUGUAUUCUGCCAAGUAACUGAGCACAGCAUCUAAAGGACUAAUCAUAACUCUGAUAUGUCAAGGAAAGACUUGAGUUGAUAGAAUAAAGAUGUUUUUUUUAUAUAUAACCUUUGUGUCUUUUUUCCUUUUGUACUUUAUUAAAGUGCUUUUACUUCCCUCUAAUGGUCACUGGAUGAAUUUACCAUUACCUUCUGCAUGUGAUCCAACAGGAGAUAUUAAAAAUAUUCAAAGGCUGGAAACAAAAGACACAUUUAUAGAUUUGUUUAAAAAAAAAAAAAUCUUUCGAUAGCAUCGUGGAAUAGUUAGGAUACAGCUUGCAUACAGUGUUCAGGAGGGGAAAGGCACAGUGAGUUAAUGACAUGCACACGUGAGAGAGAAGUGGACGCUGAUUUAAAAUAUAGAGUGAGGGUUUAAUAAUGAUACAAACCCACGAUAUGUAACACCUCAAAGCAGCACAUUGGCACAAAGUCAGAAGUAAGACAGCACGGAAGAUAAAAACCUGUCUCAAAAAAAUAAAGAAUCAGAAUAAAUAUCUCAAUAAAUAAAUAAACAGGUAAUAUCUCAUUAAUUACUUUGAAACUAAUAAAUACGUACAUUUGAAAAUAUGCACAUUGGCAGAAAUCAAUAACCCAAAAAAGUAAAUAGUACUUAACACAGAGUUACUUAGAAAUCAUAAGUUAUUGAUUACUCAAAUCAAAAGGCACAUUUAUUAAGAUGUAAGAAUGGGGCCUGCAAUUGUGAUCGCAUGACUGUCAGUACUGUACUCUAACACCAUUUCUGAACCAGAAGUCGCAAACUGUGUGCAAUGGCUUUACUAGUUCUGUAGAUCUGCGCCGUCGAGUGAACCGGUGUGUGUGUGUGUGUGUGUGUGUGUGUGUGUGUGUGUGUGUGUGUGUGAGGGUUGUAGUGACAGACAGAGUUUGUGUGUGUCGACCAACGUCGUUGGCAGGCUGGCCUUUUGUAGUGAAGACGACUAUUAUCUUAACCGUGAAGGGUCAAGGGUCGUGUUCGUCAGCGGUCGCGUGACCGCGCUGCCUGUUCACUCACUUUAAGUCACUUUGGAUAAAAGUUCUUGGCUAAACCUAAAAAUGGAAAUAAUCUGGUGAAGCUUCUGAAAGGUUCAUUCUGCCGUAAUUCAAGGUCUACCAGGUGAGACUGUAGCAUAACUAUUCAACACUGAUUUUCUUACACAGAGUGUAACUGUAUCUUUAGUUUAAAGGAAACUGCCUCUGGUUUUAAAAGAGAAACACCCCCCCACACACAGGAUAUCAUCAUUCUGUGAUGCUCGGCACAUUUCAUAAGUUAUUUUGAGAUUAUUCAUUGUCAUUUACUUUUUUCUACUCAAUCAAAGUCUACCCUGCUUUCUGAUUUCUUACAUUUUUAGGACAUUUUUCAACAACAGCAUUCAGUAAUUGGUG